AUUCAGGAUCUGUGUGACCUUAGACAGGUUGGAACUUUUGCAUUUGUUUGAUCGCACUCUGAUGGGACAAGGAUCGUCGGCGGGCUUUUUGUAAUGCUCUUCAACCCGCCGGAUUGGGCUUCGCAACCUUGCCGUGUUGCCACUCUUGAGGCUUUCUCUGGCGGACAACGUAUCCUUUCUCUACCGAUUGAUACUGAACCAUAUUAUACACUAGGCCGGGCUGCUGAUCAGGUGUCGAUAGGCCUUGACCACCAGAGCUGCUCGAGGGUGCACGCUGCGAUUGUCCACCAUUCGGACGGGCGAAUCUUCUUGAUCGAUCUUCAGUCGACUCAGGGCACCUUUGUUGACGGUCGUCGCAUCCCCCCAAACAAGCCGGUGGUGCUCAAGGACCAGACGCGCAUCCGCUUCGGCGAGCUAGAGUCCGAGUACGUGCUGCGGUGCGAGUCCGCAGCCGAGAAGCGCGCCGGCGAGGCUCCCUCCGAGGCCCCCGACAGCAAGCGACCCGCCACCAUGGCCGACGGAGGUCGCGUGCGCGCCUCGCACCUGCUGGUCAAACACAAGGAUGUACGGCGGCCGAGCUCCUGGAAGGAGCCGGUGGUGACCCGCACUCGGGAUGAGGCGCUGGCCAUGAUCCAGCGCUUCCACGAGCAGCUGGUUCGCGGCGAGGUGGACUUCGCCAGCCUGGCCUCGCGGGAGAGCCACUGCAGCAGCGCCAAGCGGGGGGGAGACCUGGGGGAGUUCGGUCGCGGUGACAUGCAGAAGCCCUUCGAGGACGCCACCUACGCGCUCAAGGUGGGCGAGCUCAGCGGCCCGGUCUUCUCCGACUCGGGGGUGCACCUCAUCCUGCGCACCGGGUAGCGUGCUGGUGGGGCCGCCGCCGCCGCUGCUGCUGCUCUGCUGCUGUGGGGAGUGGGCGCAUCUGCUGCUGGUGGGGAAGGGGGCGUGUGCUAAGAAAGUACUAGUCGCGAGUCGGAAGGUAGUAGGAAUGCAACGGUGCACAGGUGGUGCGUGUGAACCAUGCAUGCUCUACCUUACUGUGGAGUAUCGGUGUGGCAGGUCUUGGCAGCGGCGUGCUGGCAUAUGACGCUUGAGCAGAGCUGGGUGCGCAUGCGUGAGGCGCAGAAUGCAGGGUUCGCGGAUGCGAGAUUGGAUUGGAAGGAGGAGUAUGGGAGGGAUUGCAAAGGGUCGCAGGAGGGUUUAGUCGUUGCAUUGGGAGAAUUGUCUCCGGCUGGGUUGUAUUUGUAAGGCUUGCGAGGGCGGAGCUGCAGUGGGGCGGCACUAGCACAGGGGAAAGCAGGCUGCAUGUUGCUUUGAAGAGGCCGUGUGGAUGAAAGAAGAAGAAGAAUUAUUACAUGCUUAGUAUGGGAGUGUGGGAGUAAUAAGCGCUCCUUUUGAGGAAGCUGCUCAUGUGGGUUGCUGUGUAUUCUUGUAUAGCGAAUCCUCUAGUCCCCGAGUGGCACCGCACGGCGGGUGACAUGCGGAUACGUGAGAAGGGCGACAGAACGAGGGCUACUACGCCCCGCGAACGUGUUACCUCUCCUCUGCGGUUUUUCAACGCGAAGAGGAUUGCUUGAAUGCGCUAGACUCUUACGCAGAUGCGUCAUCAUUCC